AUAAUAUAAAAUUAACUGAUGAAAAUAAUAGGCUACAUGAUGAGAAUAAAAAAUUAACUAGUUCAAGCAAUUCUAAUAAUGAAGUGAUAAGUAAAACAAAUCAAAAAAUGAAUGCUUUUUUGGAAAAUUUUGAUGUUAAGUUUGAGAGAACAGAAACUUUAGAAAAUAAAAAAGAUAAAAUCAUGACAAUCAGUAAGAAGUUAAAAGAGUCAUGUGUUUUGUUCAAUAAAAAUAAAAUACUUGAUAUAUGUAUUUAA